CUGACACCAGAAAGUAAACAGACUUGUUUUGAUCUGUCAAAAAAUCACACGGCUCUGCAAGCGAAGUCACCAAGGAGUAAAGUAUGCCAUUAGGACCGAAUAGUUGAAUAAAAAACGGGGUUGUUUUGUCACGAGCGCGAAUACGUUUUUGUGCAGUUGUCUCGUUUCAGUUUUGAAAUGUCGAGCUGUUUUUUGUAGCGCGUUCCACCAGUUAGCAUGCUAGCCGGCGGAUGCUAGCAAAUGUCAAACCAACUUAACACUAGUUUAAGUGUUAAGUCUUAGCAGCAGAAAGUGCUUGUGUUUUUAACUAUACUAGUAAUCUGUAACAGUCCUGCGGCGUUAACCGUGUGCACAACAUGUUGGUCUCUAACAGUGACGCAUAAACCAAAUCGCUCUUCUGCAGCUGAAGCUGAAGCUGAAGCUGAAGAGACCUCUGAACGAUGUCAGUGCUGGACAGAUGAAAGCCAUGAAACCUGAGCAGAAGUGUGUCGCCGUAGCAGAGGACGGAGCUCCGAGUCCAAUGGGAGGACUCGCUGGCUCGUCGGGCCGCCCGGGCCGUCGGACCUACCAAAGUUCAGCCCAUUUCGGCAGCCUGCUGGACGGCCUGCUGGCUCUCAGACAGGGCGGCAUCCUGUUUGACGUGGUGCUGGUGGUGGAGGGUCGACCCAUCCAAGCCCACCGUAUUCUCCUGGCCGCCUCUUGUGAUUAUUUCAGGGGGAUGUUUGCUGGAGGCCUCAGGGAGACACAGCAAAAGGAGAUUCCAAUCCAUGGAGUAUCCUACAUAGCUAUGACAAAACUUCUUGACUACAUCUACACUUCAACAAUUGAGUUAGACCUGGAGUGUGUUCAGGAAGUCCUGAUUGCCGCCACGCUGGUACAGCUUGAGAAAGUCAUCGACUUUUGCUGCGACUUCCUUUUCUCCUGGCUGGACGAGGGCAACAUAUUGGAGGUGCACCAUCUGGCCGAUCUCUACGGGCUGCAGCAGCUCAAUGACAAGAUCCACUCCUACAUCCUCAAGAACAUUCAGACUUUGUCUCGAACAGAUGUGUACCGGCAGUUACCCCAAGACGAAGUUUUCAGAGCGCUGACUAGUGACGAGCUUCAUGUGAACAGUGAGAACGAAGUGUAUGAGGCGGCACUUCACUAUCACUACAGUCCCGAGCAGGUGGAAACUGACCAGGUGUACUUGCAGGACAAUCUGAAGAUGCUCGAUGCCGUGCGUUUUUGUCUGAUUGAGAAGCAAGUUCUGCAGAGACUGCAUGGCAGACUGCACCAGUGUCCACUGAAGGAUUCAGUUUCAGCUGCCCUACGGUACCACGAGCAGGAGGUGUGGCAGCCCGUCCUGCAGAGUCCCCUCACCCAGCCACGGUCCACCUUCCACUGUGUCCUGGGCUUCGGUGGGAUGUUCACUUCCUCCACUCUCACGGACAGCAAUGACCUGUUUCAGGUGUUCCACCCGAGCUGGCGGGAAUGGAGGACUCUCACCGCUGCCCACGCGCCACGCAUGUCCAACCAGGGAAUUGCUGUGCUCAACAACUUUGUUUAUCUCAUCGGAGGAGACAAAAAUACCAGUGGAUUCCGUGCCGAGACACGCUGCUGGAGAUACGACCCUCGUCACAACAGCUGGUGCUCCAUCCAGUCUCUGCAGCAGCAGCAUGCUGACCACUGCGUUUGUGUGGUGGGCGGCCAUAUUUACACCAUCGGAGGGCGCGACUACAGCAACGAGUUGGACUCAGUGGAGCGCUAUGACCCACGCACCAACUCGUGGGAAUUUGUGACACCUUUAAAGAGAGAGGUGUAUGCCCAUGCUGGAGCGGUGGUGGACGGGAAGAUCUAUAUAGCGUGUGGGCGCAGAGGGAUGGCGUACCUCAGAGAGACUUGCUGCUUUGACCCUGCAGCCAACCAGUGGACAGCAUGUGCGGAGGGGCCAGUGGAGCGAGCGUGGCACGGCAUGGCUGCUGUUAAUGGACGCGUGUAUGUUAUUGGAGGAAGCAAUGAUGAGCGCGGGUACCGGCAUGAUGUUCUGAAGGUGGCAUGUUUUGACCCGGCCGUCAACUCAUGGUCUCUAAUGGCCCCCCUCCCCGGUGGGCACGGGGAACCCGGCGUAGCUGUGCUGGACAAUCGGAUUUACAUUCUGGGAGGACGCUCGCAUGACAAAGGCACCAGGAUGAAAUACGUCCACGUGUACAACACCGACGCGGACGAGUGGGAAAACGAGACGGAGUUUAAGCUGCGCGUCUCUGGGCUGGCAGCCUGCGUGGCGCUCAUGCCGCCGGCCGUGCUCGCCCAGGCCAGAACCUGGGAGCAGCGCACCAAGGCUUCGUGGGAAGAAGUGGACGUGGACAACUCAGAGGACUCUAGUGAGGACUGAACAAGCUACGUUGAACCCAACCCAUCAUGCACUUUUCUUUUCCAGCACAAUGAACUGUGUUUUUUUUUCCCACAAAAUUUUCCUUUUUCGCGUAAUGACCACUUUGAGUGCCUCUGAACCAAAGUGUCAAUAAGGACUAUCGAACACUUUUGAUGUGACCUGUCUGAGAACCGCUGCCUGCUCACAUGUUAACACAACUGAUCCCUCAUUGUCUUCUGACACUGUAACUGCUCCUGCGUGGAUUUAUCAUAGAGGGAGCCUAUGUUCAACUUAAAUGUACAUUUAUACUCUGGAAAGUAGCGGCUAUGCAAUAACAUGAUAGUUUGGUUUAUUGGUUUAUUCACACAAGAAUUUCAGUUUUUUAGUUUAGACAGCUGCUGUUGAUCAUUGUCAGCUUUCAUCACGUCCAUGCUACUCUACAAUCAGUGAGUUAUUAGAGUUUUAACGAUGUGCCUUGUUUUGUGGUCACAUCAGAACAUCUGUAUUGUUUGUUGUGUGUUUAGCCAGAAAUGAGCCUUAGGUGUUGUGCCUCUGAUAUCACAGAUGGAUUUAAAUACCUAGAUUUAUGAUUGGAUUUGAAUGAUGAGGCACUGGUGCUACAGGCGGCAGACCCCAGCUCACUGUGUGUUCUCAAACGUGUAAGUAAAAUGUGAACCUGUUGAGUCUUGAUAUGCUUGUAAUGAUUUUUUUUUCUGUUGUUGACCUCACAUACUCUGUAACUUAUUUUGUUCUCAGAUCAAUGUUUGUUUCUGAAUUUCAGGCUUUCCUCUGUGCUUCCCUUUGUUGCCUCUGAUCAACACCGCUUUAUAUGAGAAAAGAACAACAGAAAAGUGAACAUCCACCAUCAGGCAUCUUUAUAUGUGUUUGAACAACUGCCGGAACAAAUCAGAUUUUUUUUUCUGAAAAUGAAGGUUAUGUAGUGAAGAAAGGAUUAAGUUGAAUCCCUGUCACACAACAUAUGCAAAUUUGUUUUGAACUUUAAUAAAAUAGUAAUAUAUAA